AUGGAAAGUUUAAUUCCUGAUAUAUUAUUUACUCUACUUGGCCACAAAUCAGAAAUAUUACAGUGUAUUGUCGACAAUGACAGCAAUUUCACAGAUGAUGAGUAUAUAAUUUUGAACACUGAAGACAAGCGGCUGUUGAAGUGUUUCUUACAUUUGGCCGAAGAAUAUCAGAAACUUAACACCGUUAUUGUAUCAUUUAACCGAUUGCAGAGUAUUUACAAAGAGUCAGAAUCAAACAGACAGGGUUUGUACUUUGAAGCUUUUGUCAAUGGUAUGUUAAUCGCCUUGAAACCAUAUCGCGACUGUAUAAAUGAAAUUGAAAAAAAUUUAUCCAAUAACAAAGAAAAUAAAUGUUUAUUGACCGAAACAUUGAGGAAAGUUGAACAACAUAAACCAUUGAUUGUGGCAGUUAAUAAUAUUUUAGAUCAAAUAGAACUUUCUCAGUUACAUGGCGGACAAAUAUUGAAUCUUGUAUACGAAGUAGUCUGUAUGGAAUUUUUGGACAACAAAGUUCAAUUAUCACUCAUAUUCAACCAAUGUUUACAGGUGUUAAUAUCGCAGUUGAACACAUUUUUCGCACACGGAGUGAUUUUUGAUCCUCACAAUGAGUUCUUCAUUGAAUCCAAAUAUUCUAAAAGCAGUAAAAACUUUAAACAGUUUUCUUUAUUACCCAGUUUAAUGCCAUCUUUUGUUCCUCUUUCAACUGCAAGCAAAAUAACAAGAAUUGGUGAUGUAAUAAAAAGUUUGCAACAUUCAAAUGACCAAUCGUCAUUGAUAAACUACAAAGAUAUUUCUAUACAGUUGUAUGGACACAAAAGAGAUGAACUGUUUUCUGAUUUACUAAAUUUAGUGAACGUGCCCUUGUUUACUAAAAAUGAAUUUGUCAAAGUAAUUGACAAGUUUUAUAAUGUUGUGGAUGAAUAUAUGUUAAAAGCAUCUUUUAAUAAUGAUAGUUUUUCUUAUCAUAUGAAAUUGGUAAGAGAUUUUUAUUUGCUGGGUAAUGGAGAGUUUUAUAAGCACUUUUUAAAUAAAAUGUGCAGUUUAUCUCUGAAAUCUGAGCAUAGUUUACGUGCUGUUAAGGUGGCAUUUAUUAAUACAGCUCAAGAUAUCAAAAUGCACAAAUCUGUGAAUCAAGUGUUUGGUUUCAGUUCAUUAGAAGAUGAAGAAGCUGAUGAAAUGACGUGGACUAAGAUUAAAGUCACUUUUGAAACCAAAUGGCCACUACAAUUUAUAUUUACAAGCUCUGUUCAAAAAAAUUAUUCAAAAUUAUUUGCAUUUUUAUCACGGAUUAAAAGAGUGCAAACAAAUUUGCACAACGUUUGGAUUGAAAAAAAAUCAAAAUCUUAUGAAAUAAAUGCUAAUAAUGUCCAGCUGAAAACUCAAUUAUCGUUCUUAAUUGAUACUCUUUACAGUUACCUUCAGUUGGAUGUCAUCGAAGAUGAAUAUUUUCUUCUCUUGGAGAAAUUAACCACUGCCAAUGAUUUUCAAACUAUCAAGCACAUACACGACAUAUUCCAGACAAAUAUCAUGAGGGAUUCUUUUUUGUUCAUGGAAGAAGUUUACUUGGGCUUUAAUAGAAUUUUAGAUAUGUGCGAAAACUAUUGCAGGUAUAUGACUGACAUUACGGCCGCAUUAAAUCCACAAUAUAAACAGUGUUUUGAAGAAUUAAAUUUACUUUUUACCAAAAAACCAAAUAAAUUAGUCACAUUGAUAAAUAUAAUCAGAGAAAUCCAUGUUACUCCAAAACCAAAUCAAUUUAUUCUUAGGUUAAAUUAUAAUAACUGGUUUCUUCAAGCAAUAUCUAGUGAUGGCUAA